AUGGCCCAGCUGAACUGCACAGAGGUCAAAGAGUUCAUUCUCCAGGGCCUCACAGACCAACAAGAGUUAAAGAUGCCCCUCCUGAUGGUGUUCUUUCUCAUUUAUCUCUUUACCGUGGUGGGAAACCUGGGUUUGGUCUUUCUCAUUAGAGCAGAUACAAGACUCCACACCCCAAUGUACUUUUUUCUCAGCAACCUGGCCUUUGUAGAUUUUUGCUACUCAUCUACUAUUACACCAAAAAUGCUUGGGAAUUUUUUAUACAAGUACAAUGUUAUCUCCUUCCAUGCAUGUGCUACUCAGUUAGGCUGUUUCCUCACCUUUAUGAUAUCAGAAUGCUUGCUACUGGCUUCAAUGGCUUAUGACAGAUAUGUGGCCAUUUGCAACCCUCUCCUGUAUAUGGUUGUGAUGUCCCCCCAAAUUUGCAAUGUGCUGGUAGUUAUCCCCUAUACCUAUAGUUUCUUGACAGCUUUAUUCCAUACUAUUCUCACUUUUCGUCUCUCUUACGGCCACUCCAAUAUCAUCAACCAUUUUUAUUGUGAUGACAUGCCUCUGCUCAGGCUAACUUGCUCAGACACUAACUCCAAACAGCUUUGGAUCUUUAUUUGUGCUGGCAUGACAUACAUUCCCUCUGUUUUGAUCGUCUCUAUCUCCUAUACAUAUAUUAUUUCUGCCAUCUUAAAGAUGAAGUCCGCAGAAGGCAGGCGCAAAGCUUUCUCCACAUGUGGCUCUCACAUGGUGGCUGUCACCAUAUUCUAUGGGACCCUCAUCUUUAUGUACUUGCAGCCUAGUUCCAACCAUUCUCUUGACACAGAUAAGAUGGCCUCUGUCUUCUACACUGUGAUCAUUCCUAUGUUGAACCCCUUGAUCUAUAGUCUCAGGAACAAGGAUGUGAAAGACGCCCUCACAAAAGUCAUCGUAAAUAAAAACCAGGCUUUUGCGUUUGUGAAAUUUGGAAAAUGA